AGGCCCCUACCCAUACCCUCUAACUUGCUAGCGGAAGAACACUACCUAGUCCUGUUCUUCAGCUUGCCUACUUACCACAUUCCAUGUUUUUCCUUGUAGAUCCAUCAGGUAAUACGAGUCCUUUGUCUCUUUGAAGUUUGAUGACCCCGCGAUAACUCACGCAUCAUGUCCACGCUAGUGAAACGUGUCGACCCUGAAGAAGCGUCAGAAUCUGAAUAUGAAGAGUACUCCACUUCCGUAACCGACGAAGACGACGAAGACGGGCCUUCUGGAGGAGCGGUUCCUCACCACCACCAUCACCCUCCGCGGUUAGUUAUCAGCGAUAAAGGUCCUCCUUCCGCGAACGCAAGCUUCGACGCGUCUCAGCCAGAACCUACAAGAGAAGCUGCAGCAAGCGCUCAGUCUCCUCUGACGACCCGCGUGGUUUCGAAACAAGAGUCGAAGUCCAGUUCCAGCACUGCAACGAACCGGCUUGGUGGAGGUGGUGCUUCGGUUGCCAGCACCGCACCAUCACUCACGACUACGAGCUCAGGAGCGGAGGAACAAGUACAACAGUUGUCGACAAACAAAUCUUCGAGUGAUCCGCCAGCUCUGAAGCUCACCUCACGGCCCGUCGCGCGCUGGGUGCGGGACAAACAGACCGGCGCUGUGGUGGACCAACAGCAGCUUUCGCCGCGGCAGCAGGAAAGAUUAGAAGCGCGCGAGCAGCCAUUAACCGACCCAAACAUGGACAAGCUGGUCGAAGAGCGGGGACGGCACAUCGAGCGGACGAAACGACGGAAUCGCUCGCUGACGCCGGAAAAGAAAAAGCGGGGCGCGGCUCCGGGUAUUAAAAGCAGUGGUCCCAGAGGUCGUGGGGCGGAAAUGAACGAGCAGCAAGCGCAGAAUGAGAAUCCAAGGGUCGUCCACGGAGAGGGAGAGCAAACAAACCAAAAUCUUCUGGUUGCCAUCGCGGGUGACGACGACUACUUUGUCGAUAGGAGCAAUCCAAGCAAAGACUCGGAGUCUGACCUGGUCGUGCCUGAAGAGUCCGAGACGGGGAAGGAAAAGACAAGCAAAGACAAAAAUUCAGGCCCGGCGACCAGCUCACAAGUAGAGGACCAAUCCGCCGGGUGGUUCGGGUCUGCGAUCACUCAACUGAGCGGGUUUGUGCCUGACUUCUCCGCCGCUUCGCCAAUGAGCAGCAAGUCCGUAAACCUCGGCGAUGAGAACACGCAGCUGGACCUGCAACGGGAGCAGAGUCCACCAGGGUCGCUGUCCCCGGGCUCCGCGGCCUGGUCGCCGCGGCCGAACGGCCAGCAACCGGAUGCGCUGGAUUUUGAAGCCAAGGACGAGAUGAUCGCCACUUUGAAGGCCAGUCUGCGCGAAAAGGCCGAUCGCUGCGACCGGUUUGAGGAGCUGCUGCACGAGAUUCUGCAGGUUCGCAACGACGCCAUCCUGGUGUCACCGGCAUCGUCAGGAGAUACUAGCGCACAAAUGACCGCAGAUCAGAGCUCGCCGGUCGUACCGAGAAGGCGCAACUCAAACUCCUCGACCAACUCUCCGUCGGAUGUGAAAAUUUACCGACACGGAGGCUCGAGCAAACAGAGCUACGACGGUCCCGCGCCGAGCCGGCCUGGACGGGCGUCUCCGGACGAGCUGAACUGCUUAAUGCAGGCCACGUUUUCGGCUGUCAAGAACAUGCGCGAGGAGCUGGAAACAGCACGCAGUGACGCCGAGGAGGUGCGGGCGGCGCUCAAAAAGCAGGAACAGGGAGCGUCCUCGCUGCGGCAAAAGCUGCUCCACACCGAAAACGUUCAGCGCGAGGUAGCUUUGUUGCAAGAAGGACUGCAAACCGCUGAGCGGCUGGUGCACGAACAGAGAAUGGAGUUGGACCUGUCACAGGAACGGAUUUUGAUGCUACACCAAGAAGCCGCGGCCCUGCGAGAAGAGGCAGCGAGGAACAUGAGGGCGAGAACAGGAGGAGGUAUGACGCAUGCAACUUCUGAUGACCAGGAUAAAGACCAGCUAAGCGAGUCAAGUUUUGUGGCAAACGACGCAACUUCUGACAGCAGCCCACGAGACGGCGCGACCACAGCAACGAGCGCGCGAGGUCUUUUGGCCGAAAAUUGCCACACGCUACGACUCAUGGUGGACGCUUGGUACAGCCUUGGACGAGCGCGCUACCGUGCAUGGCGAGAAAGGAGAAGAGAGGCACGAGAAGCCGAAGCAAAUGCAUCCGCCAAUCCCUAUCCGUCGCUGCAGAAUGGCUGACGUAAAGAAAUCGUUUUGUACAACAGAAUGUUCUUCAUCUUCGUGGACUGGAUCCACGCACUCACAGGUUUUGGCCGGAUGCGGCAUAGUUGGUGCAAGUCUUAGAAAUGCAAAGUCUGUUUCGCAGUACACAAGCAAGAAAAGUUGACCUUCACUGACAUUUUUGCGACACUAACUUAGUGGCCCGGGUGUUUCCGCUUCCAGAUUGUGAUUCUGUG